AUGUCCGAACCACCGUACUCUGCCUUCUUCUAUGGCACACUGUUGCACCCUGCUAUCCUUCGACGCGUUAUCGGACACGACGGGCAGCAUCUGCAGAUCUGUCCUGCUCUGUUGUUGGAACAUACCAGGCAUCAGGUCAAGUGCGCGGACUAUCCGGCGGUGCUUCCCUGGCACAAAAACCAAGAACUACUUUCCAGCGCAGGGGCGUCUGUCGAGCUACCCCCAGAAUCGCGCACUGUGCGUGGUACCCUGGUCACAGGCCUGAGCACAGCGGACAUCGCGCUCCUGGACAUCUUCGAAGGCAACGAGUACACCCGCGAACGGGUCAGCGUACAUCCCCUCGGGCCCUUCACUGACCUCUCCGCCUCUGUGCCCGAUUCCGAUAUCGCCCCUGCUGCGCCGGCGCCUCCGUCGCUCGAUACGCUCGCCCCGCCACUUCCCGCACACACGUACAUCUGGGGUGCACCUCUCGAUCAACUGUCCCCUGAGGUGUGGGACUACGCUGACUUCGUGCGCAAGAAUGCAUGGAAGUGGGUCGGCGACGCGGCGAGGAACAACGCGGACUAUCUAGAGGUGGAUCGCCGAAGGGCCAUGAAUGGUGAUACCCUGCGGCAGGAGAUCAUAGAUGUAGGUGGCGAUGAUACAAACGCCAAGGCUGUGGUGGAGGUUGUGGAAACGUAG